AUGGAUGUCCUCGUGGAGCCGUCUCAAAGCAAAGCCCACCAGUCUUCAUUGACAAUCCACUUAGACGAAGAAUGCUUCAAUUUGCCCAACCUAGCCCUAACCCCUACCCAAACAUUCCUUACAUCCUCCCUAGAUGAGAGAGACCACUAUCAUCCUCGUCCUCGUCCUCGUAUUCUAACCUCCGCCGAUGUCCCACCCCUCGACAUAUCUCGCAUUCCAUCUUCCCAAGAAGCCCUCUUCCACCUUUACACAUCCCGUGGCGUGAGCCCCCAAACCCACGUCGUCUACACGAAGGUCGAAAAACUGUCGAUAAAGCACAACAUCCCUUACGGAUUCUUCAACCGUACGAGCUGGGCUCCGCAGCGUGAUCCUCCACUCCCACUAUCCUUACUUCCGAAAGAGAAAUGGGACGAAAAUCAGUUCUCGAUCACUACGACAUCGGUGAACGAUAGCAAUGCCGACUCCGUUUGGGUAGAUCUAGUCGUGAAUAAUCUAGAUGAGGGAGGGCAUCCGUUUCACUUGCAUGGUCACCAUUUCUAUAUCCUCCGCGUCCAUGAAGCCUCGGUUGGAUGGGGCUCAUUCAAUCCGUUCGAAGCCAAGAACGCAAAUGGUCUAUCCGAUCAGGACCAGCACCCUGAUGGGUAUGAUUACUCGCGUGCAAUGCUCAGAGACACGGUAUAUAUUCCCCGACGGGGCCACGCAGUUAUACGCUUCCAAGCCAAGAACCCCGGCGUGUGGAUGUUUCAUUGCCAUAUUCUUUGGCAUUUAGCGAGUGGUAUGGCGAUGCUGGUACAUGUUGUGGAGUAA